GGGUCGGGCGGGGGAGGUGAGGGGUGCUGGUGUGUGUGCAUGUGCCUGGCUGGGUGCACAUCCCGCACGGCGGCGGCGCCAGGACGCGAAGCGCUCCCCAGAACCCGGCGGCUGCCUGUCUCGGCUCUGGCGCCCGCGACCAUGUUCCAGCCCACAGCCAAGCGCGGCUUUACCAUCGAGUCCUUGGUGGCCAAGGACGGCGGCACGGGCGGGGGCACUAGCGGAGGGGGCGCGGGCUCCCAUACCCUGGCGGCGGCCGCCUCGGAGGAGCCGCUCCGGCCCACGGCGCUAAAUUACCCUCACCCCGCCGCGGCAGAGGCGGCCUUCGUGAGUGGUUUCCCCGCCGCCGCCUCGGGUGCGGGCCGCUCGCUCUACGGUGGGCCCGAGCUCGUGUUCCCCGAGGCCAUGAACCACCCCGCACUGACCGUGCACCCGGCGCAUCAGCUGGGCGCCUCCCCUCUGCAGCCCCCGCACUCCUUCUUCAGCGCCCAGCACCGGGACCCCCUGCACUUCUACCCCUGGGUCCUGCGGAACCGCUUCUUCGGCCACCGCUUCCAGGCCAGCGACGUGCCCCAGGACGGGCUGCUUCUGCACGGCCCCUUCGCGCGCAAGCCCAAGCGGAUCCGCACGGCCUUCUCGCCCUCGCAGCUGCUGCGACUGGAGCGCGCCUUCGAGAAGAACCACUACGUGGUGGGCGCCGAGCGGAAGCAGCUGGCCGGCAGCCUCAGCCUCUCGGAGACGCAGGUAAAGGUGUGGUUCCAGAACCGAAGGACAAAGUACAAGCGGCAGAAGCUGGAGGAAGAAGGGCCCGAAUCGGAGCAGAAGAAGAAGGGCUCCCACCACAUCAACCGGUGGCGCAUCGCCACCAAGCAGGCCACCGGGGAGGACAUCGAUGUCACCUCCAAUGACUAGGGUGGGCGGCCACGAACCCAUGAGGGCAGAGUGCUGCUUGCUGCUGGCCAGGCCCCUGGGUGGGCCCAGCUGGACUCUGGCCAUUCCCCAGUCGGGCUGUGGGGAGACCUCAAGCUCCAGUCCCAUAGGGCUUGGAGCCUGGGGCUACCGCCGACAGAGGGACAAGAAAUGGGCUGGCUGAGGCCUGGGACUGCUUGAUCUUUUCCACGGAGAGCCUGCCUGCCUGCCUGCCUGCCUGGGCAGGCCAUCGGCCACUGCCAUCUCCCAGCCACUCUCCAUUUCUCUUAUUUUCUUUUUGUUUUGAUGCAUUUCUGCUUUAAUUUAUUUUCCAGGUGCCCGUUGUAGUUCUUCGUGAUCCCCUGUGUCUCCCUUCCCUAUGGGAACAAUAAAAGUCUCUCUCUUAAUGA